UACUUCCCGUACUGGGAGUCUUUAGUCCCUGGAAUGCGAGAGGGGGAGGCUCAGGGAGUUCUCGGAGUGGGGCGUGGUGGCAUCGUCCGGGAAAGCUUGGGAGCGAGAGUCCUAGUUGGGAGCCACUGGUGGGGACAUCUCUUGGGCGCCCUUCCCUUCUUGGGGUGCUAUGGAGUUCCCAGAACACAGUCAGCAGCUGUUGCAGAGCCUCCGGGAGCAGCGGUCUCAGGGUUUUCUUUGUGACUGCACCGUGAUGGUGGGUAGCACCCAGUUCUUGGCCCAUCGGGCUGUGCUGGCCUCCUGUAGCCCAUUCUUCCAGCUUUUCUACAAGGAGCGGGAACUAGACAAGAGGGAUCUAGUGUGUAUUCACAACGAGAUUGUUACAGCUCCAGCCUUUGGGCUACUUCUCGACUUUAUGUAUGCUGGCCAGCUGGCCCUGAGGGGGGACACCCCUCUGGAGGAUGUGCUGGCAGCUGCCAGCUACUUACACAUGAAUGACAUCGUCAAAGUGUGUAAGCAGCGCCUGCAAGCUCGGGCCUUGGCAGAGGCAGAUAGUACUAAGAAGGAGGAGGAAACCAACUCACAGCCCCUAAGUUUGGAGUUUUUGUCUAGCACUUCCCGUGGCUCCCAGCAUUCACUGGCAUCUGCUGAGCCCUCAGGCCAUUGGGGCAAAGAGGAAUGGAAAAGUCCUGCUCCCUUGCCUGUUGUCCGUCCUACAGAUGAGCCACCAAUGCCUGGUGGGGCUGACACUACACAGCCUAGCAUGGAGGUUGACUCACCACAUCUUCGAGCACCUCCUCCACCCGUGACUGAUGUCUCUGUUUCUCUGGCCAGCCCUAGCAGCUCUACAGAGACCAUUUCUGCAAACUACUUUUCUUCUGGCCUCCCUGCAGUUUCAGUGGAGCCUCUGACUCCAUUGGAUGUUGGUUCUGAGAGUUUGAGGGUGGUGGAAGCAAGGGAAACUGGAGGACCAUUACAAGGCUUCUAUCCCCCAGCAUCGGCCCCAGUUUCAGCUCCAGCCUCAGUCUCAGCCCCAGUUCCAUCCCAGGCUCCAGCCCCAGCUGAAGCUGAACUUGUCCAGGUGAAGGUAGAAGCUAUUGUGAUCUCCGAUGAGGAGACUGAUGUGUCAGAGGAGCAGUCUCAGGGUCCUGAGGGACUGUUCCCACCGGGAGGCGGAAUGUAUGGGGGACAGCCCUCCCAACCAGAGACUUUUGAGGAGGCAGGGGCAGCAGGACUAGAUGAGGUGGGGCCAGCUGACCACUUCCUGCCUCCAGACCCUCAUCUGUCCUACCACCUGCUGCCAGGUCCAGGGCAGUAUCAUCGAGGACUGGUGACCUCACCCCUUCCUGCACCUCCAGCCUUGCAUGAGCCACUUUACCCACCUUCUGAGUAUGAAGCAGCCCCAGGAACCUUUGGGGUUUUUACUGAUGAUGUUCCCACCUGCAAGACAUGUGGAAAGACCUUCUCAUGCUCUUAUACGCUACGGCGACAUGCUACUGUUCACACACGUGAACGACCCUACGAGUGCCGCUACUGCCUGCGCAGCUACACACAAUCAGGGGACCUCUACCGCCACAUCCGCAAGGCUCACAAUGAGGAUCUAGCCAAACGCAGCAAACCUGAUCCAGAGGCUGGCUCUGUGCUAGGGAUGCAGCCCCUCUCUGGCUCACCCACAGCAGACAGACAGGGUACUGGUGGUGGUGGACCACCCAAAGAUUUUGUACUUGGCCCCAAAAAUUAAUAACUGGGGGACACGAACUAAUGCCAGGCCUGAAUCUUACCUCCCUUAGAUGGUAACACAGAAGGCCAGAGGCAUCUCAUCACUUCAGCUGGGUGACAGAACUGAGGGUCGGCUCAAGCUAAAGGUUCCUACACUUUUCUUGGCCCAACCAGAUACAUAGGACUUUAUGGGGCAGAGUAGAUCAGCUGGCCCUCUCUAAGGGUACUGGGAUUUUUUUUUUUCCUGAGGUGUAAUUACUUCUCACUUCAAAUUCUAGAACAUAAAGUUAGCAAUGGGAAAUUA